GAAACAUCUUUUUUAUUAAAUUUUACUUUUGUACUUUACAGUUAAACAACUAGCAGCUCGUAAUGACCUAUAUAAUAAAAAAUACGCAGAAAUAACCCUUCCGUGCAAUAAGAGUGGAAAUACGUUCAAGCACUCUGUUGAUUUAAAGAUAACAAAGAAAUCAAUUCCAGGUCAAAAGCCGCAUUCAAACAAUGUAACUGGAGCUACUAGAAUUUCUUUGUCCAAUCAAUCUGACCUGGGCGGACAUAACGGAAUAGAUGCAGAUAAAAAGCCCCAUCCCGAUAAUAUUAAUGGUCUAACGUAUAGUUCAUUUAGCGAAUCAAAGAAAGAAAAUAAAAGAUAUGCAAAUAAAAAGUCUACUGCCACUAUCUUAAGUGAAACGAACAAUGAAUCUGUUGAUUUUGACCAACAUAACAAUAUGUAUCUAGAUAAAAAUGCUUAUUCUUAUAAUAUUAUUGGUACAGCGCCCUCACAGUUUAAUGGUUCGAAGGAACAUAAUACAAUACAUACACAUGAAAUUUCUCACUCUAGUAAUGAUAGCGGAAUAAGAUCCAAUGAUUUAAAGCGACGAAAAUGCCAAUACACUGUUGAUAAACAUAAGAGUUUCAAUCAAUCUCGUAAUUUGAAUAAUCAUAAAAGAAUACGUACUGGUGAUAAACCUUACUCGUGUAAUAUCUGUGGUAAGAGUUUCAGUGAAUCUGGUCAAUUGAAGACCCAUAACAGAAUUCAUACCGGUGAUAAACCUUACGCGUGUAAUGUUUGUGGUAAGAGUUUCCGUGCAUCUGGUAAAUUGAAGAUCCAUAACAGAAUACAUACUGGUGAAAAACCUUACGCGUGUAAUGUUUGUGGUAAGAGUUUCCGUGCAUCUGAUACUUUGAAGACACAUGAAAGAACACAUACAGGUGAUAAACCUUACUCUUGCAAUUUUUGUGAUAAGAGUUUUAGUAAUUCUAGUAAAUUGAAGAUCCAUAACAGAAUACAUACCGGUGAAAAACCUUACGCGUGUAAUGUUUGUGGUAAGAGUUUCCGUGCAUCUGAUACUUUGAAGACACAUGAAAGAACACAUACAGGUGAUAAACCUUACUCUUGCAAUUUUUGUGAUAAGAGUUUUAGUGAUUCUAGUAAAUUGAAGAUCCAUAACAGAAUACAUACCGGUGAUAAACCUUACGCGUGUAAUAUUUGCGGUAAGAGUUUCCGUGUAAAUAGUACUUUGAAGACACAUAAAAGAACACAUACAGGUGAUAAACCUUACUCUUGCAAUGUUUGUGGUAAGAGUUUCAAUCAAUGUGGUUCUUUGAAAAAACAUGAAAGAAUACAUACAGGUGAUAAACCUUACUCGUGUAAUAUUUGUGAUAAGAGUUUUAGUGAAUCUGGUAAAUUGAAGAACCACAACAGAAUACAUACCGCUGAUAAACUUUACGCGUGAAAUGUUUGUGGGAAGAGUUUCAGCCUAUCUGGAAGCUUGAAGACACAUAAAAGAACACAUGGGGGGCAAGAAAAUAUGGGGCAUUUCUGUUAAAAUAAUAAGUUCAAUAAUUGAUGUCAUAGCACCAUAAUUGGCAAUAGUAUUUAAUAAUUGUAUUAAUCGUGGCGUGUUUCCUGACCUUCUGAAACAUAGUAAAAUUACACCAAUAUUUAAGUCGGGAUGCUCUUCUGACCCGAUCAACUAUC